AUGUCAGAGAAUAAUGGGGAAUCGGAGAUCGGUCAUAAAGGAAAGGAAUGGGAAGUUGUCACACUCACUGAAUCCAUAUAUGCUGCUGCCCCUGCUUCCAAGCAGGACAUCCUUCAUAAUUUUCAAACUGAUUUAAUCAGCGGUGUGAGUCCCGAGACUGCUCAUGCAAUGAUUAUGUCCGGUCACUUUGGAUAUUCAUCGACUAUGCACGAGAACUCUCUCCCAGAACCCAAUCUAGAGGAAGGCAGUAAACCGGAAUCCAAGCAUGAAGAAAAUUUCAAUUUGAAAGACCCAAUUGCUGAUGAAUAUGGUGAGUUUAGAAAAUAUGAUGAUGAAAAAGGCGAUAUCAUGUCGUUAUAUAGUGCUGGGAAGUUUGAUCCUUAUGAUGAUGAUGAAGCCAAUGCUGAUGCCCACGAACCAAUUGAAUCUGUUGACCCUGCUAUGAAUCCAGACAUGUCGAACUUUGAUGAAGAUAAAACUAGUGAACUGUCUAAUAUUCCCUGCGAGGCUUGGUGGAGAAAGUAUGCUGAUACAUUGUGUGAUAGUGCAAAGAGUGUGAAUCCAUAUUGGUCAAUUGCUAUUGCUGCUGCUCUUGUGGGAAUCGUGAUUAUCGGUAACAGGUGGCAGCGGGAUAACAGGCCUCAGGUCUUUCAAUUUAAGUCAUUGCUGGCUGUCGAUAAUGAGGGGACAUGUGGUUGGAUUAUUGGUCCUAUGGCAACACAUAAAGGCGCCUCUCUGAGUGCUCGACACAUUUCAUACAUGUGA